AUGGAGAUCAAUGACAAUAUUGAAAAGGUUGAAAUUGUUGUUGAAUACCAAUGGAGGCCAAAAACUUGCCACUCGUGCAAGGUCUUUGGGCACUCCGACUCCAAUUGUCCCAAGUUGGCUAUUGCUUCCGCUUGGAAACCUAAAAACCUCCCAAAAAAGCCUGAAGAUUCCAGAAGUGAGAAGGGGAAAUCCUUUAUUUCCACAGUGGAGUUUGUUUCUCUUGAUCUACCUACAAUUUGUGCUGUUCUAGAUGCCAAUCCCAUAACCUUUGUACAAUCUCAAGAGCAACAUAUCACUCAAAAUCCCCCAGACGCUUUGCUUCCACCCCAAAAUCAACAAGAUUCCCAG